UUCGUCACGUCCACGCUCUCUUCUCUCCAUCUCUCCUUUCUUCUCCGCUUCGCCAUGAUCUCCACCGUUAAUCACGCUGCCGUCGCCGUCCCCGGCGUCAGCCUCGGCCUCGGCCGGCCCAAAUCGUCCCCUCCUGCGCGCAUUCCCUCCGUGGCAUCACCGUCCAAUCCAUCCUCCAAUAUCUCCCUCCCUCUUCGCAAACCCCUCUACAUCUCCAAUCUCCUUAACCCUCUUGCCGUCCGGUCCAUUCUCCGGUGCCAUGCCUACGAGGCCAACCGCUCGGAGAUCUUUGAUUUCAGAGAGGACGCUCCGGCUGAGGCGGAGGAGACGGCGCGCAAGGUGAAGAUCGGACUAUAUUUCGCUACCUGGUGGGCUCUCAACGUUGUUUUCAAUAUCUACAACAAGAAGGUGCUCAAUGCUUUCCCUUACCCGUGGUUGACCUCGUUACUCUCGGUCGCCGCUGGAUCUCUCAUCAUGUUCAUUUCUUGGGCGACGCGCGUUGUGGAACCUCCCCAGAUUGACUCUGAUUUCUUGAAAGCGCUUUUGCCAGUGGCGGUGGCGCACACGAUUGGGCAUGUGGCUGCGACGGUGAGCAUGUCCAAAGUGGCGGUGUCGUUCACACACAUCAUAAAGAGUGGUGAGCCGGCGUUCAGUGUGCUUGUCUCAAGAUUCUUGCUGGGAGAGAUGUUUCCAUUGCCAGUUUAUCUUUCGCUGAUUCCAAUUAUCGGCGGGUGCUCUCUGGCUGCUGUUACUGAGCUCAAUUUCAAUAUGAUUGGUUUCAUGGGUGCGAUGAUAUCAAACCUUGCGUUUGUUUUCCGGAAUAUAUUUUCUAAGAAGGGAAUGAACGGGAAAUCAGUUGGUGGGAUGAACUAUUAUGCUUGCUUGUCCAUUUUGUCACUCCUGAUUCUCACGCCAUUUGCGAUAGCAGUGGAAGGUCCACAAAUGUGGGCAGAUGGUUGGCAGCAAGCACUUUCAAACAUUGGUCCCCAGUUCAUUUGGUGGGUAGCAGCACAAAGCGUUUUUUAUCACUUGUACAACCAGGUUUCCUACAUGUCAUUGGAUGAAAUCUCUCCCUUGACAUUCAGCAUUGGAAACACCAUGAAACGAAUAUCAGUCAUUGUCUCUUCCAUCAUUAUUUUCCACACUCCUGUUCAACCUGUCAAUGCACUUGGAGCCGCUAUUGCCAUCUUAGGAACCUUCCUCUAUUCUCAGUCCAAGCAGUGAGGACUUGAGAGGCAUUUGGUGAUUUUACUGCUAUGAGCUUGAAUCCAGGGAACUUGCUAGUUUUCCAAACUUUUAACUUUGCUGUCGACAAUAGCGAUCUUGAGUUGAGCUUUAGAAUGAACUAAGUGAGAGUACAGCUUUCCAUUUUUAUUUGUUAAUUUUUUUGACUCUUUAUUUAAAUGGUAUAGUUGAGCCAAGGUUUAGGUAGUAGCAGAUAUGAACAGUUUGAGGGAUGAAUGUAAUAAUUUUGCCUAAUUUUGAUGAUGCGGUCAAUAAUACAGGAUGUUUUUCUUAUUAGAUUUUA